CACUGUAAGUCUGACUGAGCACAGCACCAGUGGCAGCUGCAGCGGGCGGCGCAGGGGAACAACAUUCGUCAAGGUCACCAUUGGCAUUGCAACUUGAGCGCAUUGCCUACGCAACAGCAUGGCGGCAGCGACCCAGUCUGCUUCCCUUUCCGGCCGGCUCUCCUGCCGGGCCCCUUCUUCCCCCUUCCCCAACAGCAGCACGUCCGCUCUGCUGCCGGCAAUCCCGCUGCGCUCUCGCCACCUCUCCCUACCUAAAACACAAUGCAGCGCCCACAACACCCAGCGGAACACCUCCGCUGGAGAACACUGUAAAGAGCAAGCACUGCCCCUUUUGCCCUUUGCUUCCGGUUUGGCGGCCGCUCUAGUUGCUGGCCCCGUGCAGGCGGCGGACCUGGUGGCGCCCAUUGCAGAGGGGGGCCCUUCCAUUGGGGUGGCAGUCGCGGGGCUGGCAGCGGCGGCAGCGGCCGUCGUGGGGGCGGUCAAGCUGACGGACCCGGAGGCCAGGAGACAGAAGCAAGCUGCACGGACUGGAGGGGACGAGAAGACUGCAGUGAAGAACUAUUUCAACAGCACUGGGUUUGACCGGUGGAAGCGCAUCUACGGCGAGACGGACGACGUGAACAAGGUGCAGCUCGACAUCCGGACGGGGCACGCGCAGACGGUCGACAAGGUGUUGAACUGGUUGAAGUCGGAAGGCAGCCUCGAGGGGAUCACCGUUGCUGACGCCGGUUGCGGAACAGGCAGCUUGGCGAUCCCCCUGGCUAUGGAGGGCGCCAAGGUCAGCGCGAGCGACAUCUCGGAGGCCAUGGUGUCAGAAGCGGAGGCGCGGUGGGCAGAACAGAGCGGGGGCCGCGGCACGAAGCCGGUUUUCGAGGCGUCCGACCUGGAGUCGCUCACUGGCAAAUACCACACGGUUGCCUGCCUCGACGUCUUCAUCCACUACCCCGACGGCAAGGCUCAGGAGAUGGUGAAGCACCUGGCGUCGCUGGCGGAGCAGCGGCUCAUCAUCAGCUUCGCGCCCAAAACGCUCGCGUACCUCGUCCUCAAGCGGAUAGGCGAGCUGUUCCCCGGGCCCUCGAAGGCGACCCGGGCGUACCUGCACGCGGAAGACGACAUCGAAGCCGCUCUCAGGGAGGCUGGCUGGAAGGUGACCAAGAAAGAGAUGACGGCAACCAGCUUCUACUUCUCGAGAUUGUUUGAAGCAGUGCCCAUAUCUUGAGUGAGCUGGACCUUUACGGGCCGUCAAUAAUCAUCCGGGCUGGCUACGUGCCGCCAUUGAGACAAUUUUGUGGUGCUCUUGCGGCUCUCUGAGGCAUUUGCUUUUGUGGUGAAACCGUUUUUUCUCCCAAUCCGGAACUGAUUGAAAACGAAGAGGAUCUAAGGAUCUCCGAAUGUGGGUUGUCCGCGUACGCCGUUGCCUCCUGAUCUCAGCA